AUGCUGUUGUGCACCAACUUGUGUUUCAAGAGGCUGGAUCAAUUUUCAGCUGGGAAAAUUGACCACGAAAUUAACAACAACGACGAACUUGAGCAAAUGAGUCGAUGGUCAGCCGGGUCAACACCGGGGAGCGUCAAACCUGUUUAUGGCGCUCGAUACCCACCACUUCAACAUGCAAGUCCAACGAAAGGAGCUGAUAUUCCAGGAAGGAUAAGCAAAUUUCGAGAUUAUGAAAAUAGUGUAUCGGAUGCUUGGGACACAAGAGUAAAAGUGGAUGAAACCCUGGCUUCAGCUUCAGCUGCAAAAGUUUUAGCUGCACAUGCGGCUGGGAAAACGACUCGGGAUGAAGAAAUCAUGCCACCAGUCAGUGCGGCACCAACAAAAAACAGUAGACAACAAGCCUUACAAAGGCUUGCGAUACAAAAAGAACCACUACCCUCAUCAGUAUCAGCAACACCUCAAACUGCAAAUCCAAUUUAUCCAAAGCUACCUGAAAUAUCGGAUCAACCUCGGUCUGCAGCACCUAUAGCUAGCGCUCCUCCAUAUGGUGGAGAUCGUGAUCAGACUAGAUUCGCGCGUCUGCGACGUUUGUUUUCAAAUGGAAAAUCGUCUGGAAGGAGUUCACCACCAGUGGAUGUAGAUUUAGAUAAAUUAAGAGAAGACUGUUGGAUGGGAAUCCCACAUAAACUGAGACCACAAGCUUGGAGACUUCUUUCCGGAUAUCUUCCAACGAAUGCAGAACGUCGUGAAGUGACACUUCAAUGUAAAAGAGAUGAAUAUUGGCAUUAUGUGGAACAGUAUUUCCAUUCUAGGUUUGAGGAUCAAAAUGCUGAUACAUUCAGACAGAUUAAUAUCGACAUUCCGCGAAUGUGCCCACUUAUUCCGCUGUUUCAACAAAAAAUGGUUCAAGAGAUGUUCGAAAGAAUACUGUACAUCUGGGCUAUUCGCCAUCCAGCAAGUGGAUACGUCCAAGGAAUCAACGACCUUGUUACACCGUUUUUCGUCGUUUUCCUUUCUGAAUUCAUUCCACAAGAUGUUGAAGUCGGCUCAUUCGACGUUUCUCAACUCCCUCUUGAGCAAUGUCAACUUAUUGAGGCUGAUUCAUUUUGGUGUGUUUCAGCGCUCCUUGAUUCAAUUCAGGAUAAUUAUACAUUUGCCCAACCUGGAAUACAGAGAAAAGUUCUUCAACUUCGCCAUCUGAUGAGCCGCGUAGAUCGGCCACUGCAUAAACACCUCGAAUCUAAUGGAAUCGAGUAUUUACAAUUUGCUUUCCGUUGGAUGAACAAUCUGUUGAUGAGAGAAAUCCCACUUCGAGCUACGAUACGUUUGUGGGAUACUUAUUUGAGUGAGCCAGAUGGUUUCAUGCAAUUCCACAACUACGUAUGCGCCGCAUUUUUGAGAACUUGGUCUAAACAAUUGCAGGCUGAAAAAGAUUUCCAGGGUGUCAUGAUACUCCUUCAAAAUUUGCCAACCCAGUCAUGGGGUGAUAGAGAAAUCUGCGAGCUCACUGCUGAUGCGUUCUCCCUUCAAUCAGUUUUCGAUGGAGCACGACGUCAUCUAUCGGCGCAAGCCGCCUCACCAUAA